CUUUGGUCAUUGAUUCCAUGGCUACAAGCAUCUAUACUAGCAAGAACGCAGUUGGGAUCUGAUGCAGCGCAUCCUCAUCGGGUUUUUUUUUUUUUUUUGUAACAGCAUCCUCAUCGGUUUAGCAUCUCGUUUACACACUAAACCGAGUUCGUGUAGUCCUUAUCUAUUUAGGAGUUUGAGCUUUAUCUUUUAGUAUUAGUGGCUUUAAUUAUAUGUUUAGAUAAUUCUUUUUCACGUGUUUUUCUUUAGGGUUAUCAACGAUCCCAUUAUAUAAGAGACUCAUCUCCUCUUGUAAAGGUCACGACUUAUUUGAUUAAUAAUAUUAAGAGCUUUUCAACUCUAAGCCUUGUUCUCGGAUAGAGCUAGAUUUUCAACUAUCUCAAGAAGGCAAAGAUUCUUAGUGCAUGUUUAUUACAGGUCUCUUAGGUAUUCUCAGAAUCAAUAGCUAGGUUACUUGCGUUAUUCGUAGCUUCCGGCCGCUACACCAGGAUCAUACCACAUGCACAUGGUCACGGCCCUGGAAAUGAUGUUACCCUACCAACUCUUGCGAUACCGAGUCAUUGCUAUGGUUAGUACACAUAUGGAUGUAUUCGAAACCGAAUAUUAAUUGAUGAUAUCAUUUUAAAUGAUAUAGCCUAAUAUAAAUCUUAUGAAUACAUAGUGGAACUUGGAAUCAUAGUUCAGUACUUUGUGGUCAUUGGACUAUCUCUAGGAGUAACAAGUGAUAGGUGCACCACUAAAGGACUCAUCGCAGCUCUUUGCUUCCAUCAAAUGUUUGCAUGGGUCUUGGUGGUUGCAUUCUCCAAGUAUAUAAAAUUAUAUCUAAAAAUUAUCUUAUGUCAAGAUGUUAUAGAAUUGUAACUAAUAAAAUUUUAAUGUUUGAAUCUUUUCAGGCCGAGUAAACGAACUUGAAGAAAUUUCUUAUGUCGUUUUUUUUUUUUUUGCGAUAACAACACCAUUCGUAAUAGCGUUAGGGAUCGCUCUUUCGACAAUGUAUAGAGCCAAUAACCCCACUGCAUUAAUCACUGUGGGAUUGCUCAAUGCAUGCUCCGGUGGAUUGCUCAUCUACAUGGCGCUUGUUGACCUUCAUGCGGCCGAGUUCAUGGGACCAAAGCUUCAAGGUAGCGUCAAAAUGCAGAUCAAGUGUUUCAUUGCGGCUCUUCCAGGGUGUGGUGUCAUGUCGAUCAUCGCCAAAUGGGCUUAACUAAGUUUCCGGAUAAUACUGCAGAACUGAUGUCAUGUGGAUUUUGUUGUCGAACUAAAAACUGUUUUUGGUUUAAGUCUCGAUUCUUAAUCGUUCUUUUCCCUUUACAAGAUACUUAUCUGUCAUAUUUUAUGUCCUUUUGUACAUAUGUAUUGUGAUUGGUCCUAGGGAUGAGCAUUCGGAUACCCGUUUGGGUUCAGAUCGGGUAUUUCGGUAUAGAGAUAUAGAAUCCUUUCGGGUAUUUCUACACUUCGGAUUGGAUUCAGGUAUUUUAUGUCCGGAUUCGGUUAUUUUUGAUCGGGUUUCAGAUAUUUGGAUUUUCAAGAAAAAAAAUUAAAACUUCAUUGUUUAAGUUUUUUAUAUUUAAAAUAUACUUUUAAUAUAAUUAGUUUUCUAAUUUUUAAUAGAUUAAACUAUUAAUAGAUUUUGAAAUAAAAAUUUAAAAAUAGAAAAAUACUAAUUUAGUUGUUGUUUUGAAAUUUUGGAUGCAACUUUUGUUAAAGUAAAAAACAAGAACUUGAUAUAUGUUUUAAGUGAGUAGUAAAUGAUUUUUUCCAUAAUUAUACACAUAUUAUCUGAUUUUUAGCCGUAGUAUCAAUAUAGUUCUUUUCGUAUAAGUGUAUUUAUUGUAUUCGCAUCACAUUUACAUAAAAACAAACUUUUUCAAGAUUAGCAAAUUAUAGAAAAAAAAUAUUUGUUACGUUUUUUAAUUCGGCAAGCUGGAUGCCAAACAUUAAUGGAACAUUAGUAACAUUAGUCUAUAUAUAAGUAGGCCGGUACACCGUACACAUGCCCAUUGUUAACAACAUGCAAUCUAUACUGCUUCAAUUCUGAAUUUUACUUUUCUGAUGUGUUCGACGCGGAUUCUUUGGUGAUAUUCAUAUUUUUACCGGCUGACCAAUACCAUUAGAUUUGUUUUGGUAAUAACAUCCUUCAAAACAAGAAGUUAAAGCAGUAACCAAAUGAUGGUGAUCAAGAUCCAAUAUAGUGUAAUCUUUAGAAGUAUAUUAUAAAAUGACAAAAGAAAGGUUAAUUAGGUUGUCUUAACAGCACCCAUAACAAAUCCCUUUACAGCAGAAUACUUGAAAAUUAGGCAAUUUCAUAUAGUUUUUCUUACCUAACAUUUUCGUUUUUAGUCUAUUAGUGUUCAAUCUGAAACCCAUUUUUCACACCACACAAAGGGAAUGAUAUUGAAGUCCGGUGAGGGAUAAGACAACCAAUAUCCCGCAAGUAAUAGUCCAGAAAAUUUCGGUGACUAUUUUUAUGAUUUUAAAAACUAUCAAGUCAGUUUUGUUUCAAAGGAAAAACUAUCAAGUCAAUUAUCUUUUCUUUAUUCGCCAGUCAAUAAUCUAUAUCAGAUAAUUGUUACAAAAGAUAAGCAAAAUUAAAGACAAUUUGAAAGUUGGUCGUAUUAGAAUGCCUUAAACAAAAGAAUCAGUUGCAGAGAAAUUUGUUACUGCACAUUGCAUAUAUGACAUACCAUUAAUUAUAUAUAUUACGGCAUAUUACAUAAUAUCCAAUACAAAAGAAUAUUUAAACCUUGACAAUGAUAUGAAAGCAAAUAAUUGCGAAUAUGGAUAAAUCAGCGUUACCAAACCAAUUCAUUGUUUUCUAAAUUAACUACUUCAGCUAGUUAAACUUUCACCAAACUUGCCUCCAUGCCUAGCCAUCGUCCUUCUAACUUAUGUCCCUAGACGUGCAUAAAUAAAAUUAUAAGUGACAUUUAAUAUGAACAUAAUAUAUUAUUCGAACUGGCUAGCAAGAUGUUUUAUAAAUUAUUCGAUAUUUUUCAAUAUGUCUUCAAAUCCUUCAUUUUUGACCAACAUAUUAAUUUUAAAUGUGAAUUAAAUUCUGAAAAUCAAUUUUUUUCCUUCUAUUUUUGGUACGAUUUUGAAGAAGUGUCAAUAACUUAUUUACGAUCAAAACACUCGACUGCAAAUACUUAUUAUUUGGGUUUGCGAUGGUGUUCUUCUUUGAUGUGGAAAUAUUCUAAGUCUUUUUAAAAAAAAAAUCCGACAUAAAUAAACGAAACUUGUAAAAAUAGCAUAUAACAAACGUCCCCUGAAAGAAAAACAGCUCUUUAUUCAAAGGGAACAACGAGUUUAAAAACAGCUCUUGAUGUACGGCUAACUCCAUAAUUUCAUGGAAUAUAUCAAUACUAAUUCACUUAAAAGUAUGACAAUCAAAAACAUGUAUAUGUGUUAGCAAAAAAUAAUAAUAAUAAUGUUAGCAAAAAAAAAUCAAUAACAUGUAUAUUAUCCAAAAUUCCAAAUAUACAAUAGCGCGUAAACUCAAUAAAACGUUAAUUUAUAUACUCCAUGAAAUUAUGGAGUUAGCCGUACAUCAGAUAUAGUGGACAAUAUAAAUCAUAAUUCUUAUCCUAAAGAAUAUAAUAAGAGGUAUGUUAAUAACUAGUAAACAAUAAUUUCUGCACCACCAACAAUAAAUGGCAUGAAAAGAACCGGCGUACAUUACUAUAUAAACAGACUCAUCGAACAGGUGCAAAGACACACAAACAACCGAACAGAACACAAAACCAAAAGAAAAAAUGGCUUCAACUUCAACACUUCUAAUGAAAACAAUCCUCAUCGUACUCAUCUUUGUCUCUUUCACAAUCUCUCCGGCAACUUCAACGGUGCCCGAAGAAUGCGCAAGCGAGUCAGCGCACCCUUGCGUCAACAAAGCUAAAGCUUUGCCUCUCAAAAUCAUAGCAAUUGCUACAAUCCUAGUCGCAAGCAUGGUUGGUGUUGGAGCUCCUCUCUUUAGCCGUUCCGUGCCGUUCCUGCGACCCGAUGGAGACAUUUUCACCGUGGUUAAGUGUUUUGCCUCGGGAAUUAUCCUCGGAACCGGUUUUAUGCACGUUUUGCCUGAUUCUUUUGACAUGUUGUCAUCCAAAUGUCUUGAAGAGAACCCGUGGCACAAGUUUCCCUUCACGGGGUUUCUCGCUAUGUUGUCUGGUCUAAUUACUCUAGCCAUCGAUUCCAUGGCUACGAGCCUCUAUACUAGCAAGAACGCAGUUGGGAUCGUGCCACAUGGUCAUGGUCAUGGUCAUGGUCACGGCCCCGCAAAUGAUGUUACCUUUCCGACAAAAGAUAAUGAUUCCGAGACUGCACAACUCUUGCGAUAUCGAGUCAUUGCUAUGGUAUUGGAGCUUGGAAUCAUAGUUCACUCGGUGGUCAUUGGACUGUCUCUAGGAGCAACUAAUGAUACUUGCACCAUCAAAGGACUCAUCGCUGCUCUUUGCUUCCAUCAAAUGUUCGAAGGCAUGGGUCUUGGUGGUUGCAUUCUCCAGGCUGAGUAUACGAACUUGAAAAAGUUUGUUAUGGCAUUCUUUUUCGCGGUGACAACGCCAUUCGGUAUAGCGUUAGGAAUCGCAUUAUCAACCGUUUACAGAGAAAACAGUCCCAAUGCGUUGAUCACCGUUGGACUUCUCAAUGCAUGCUCGGCCGGAUUACUAAUUUACAUGGCCCUUGUCGAUCUUCUAGCAGCCGAGUUCAUGGGGCCAAAGCUUCAGGGUAGCAUCAAAAUGCAGUUCAAAUGUUUCGCAGCCGCUCUUCUCGGCUGUGGUGGAAUGUCGAUUCUUGCCAAAUGGGCCUAACUAAUAACCGCGAGAUGUUGCGGCAUGUGGAGUUGGCUUUAGGUUUGAGUCUCGAUUCUCUAUCGGUUUUGCUUCCUUACAAUGCACUUACGUGGUACUAUCUACCACAUUUGGAAGAACAUGUAUGUUGGUAGAUAUUUAAUAAUGUGAUUGUUCCCACGAGUCCAUAGUCUUUUUAAUGUUCCUUUUUAUUUUCUUGUGGUUUAACUUUGUCGUGUGAUGUUUUGGCAUGUUGUAUAAUACUAAUAAAACGUUUGUUUCUUUUACAUGAUUAGAAAUUCAACUAUAACUAACUAAUUACGGCUGUGUAAUCUAAAUCCGGUAAAGCUACAACCUACAGGCCAAUAACUGAAACAGUAUCUCAGUCUAUAGAAUUAGGCCAGUACAUAGGCAUAAUCUAUAAAGUUAGGCCAGUACAUAGGCCUAGUCUGUAGAAUUAAUUAGGCCAUUAUUUAGGCCCAUCGUCAAUUUACCUGCAUACCAAACUGCGUCAAUUGUAUUUACAAGGUCUAAGAUCAGCUCUAUGCAGGGGCGGCUCAUGUCGAGAGGUGGUAGGAGAAAAAAGCAAGCUCAGCAAAUGUCGUAAGACUCAUAACGGUCUUUGAAAGCUUCUGGUUUAACUUGAAAAUCCAUCUCCAGUUGUAGAUUUUUUUGCUUGAAAGAAGCUGGUCUGAUAAUACUAGCAGCCUAUUUAGAGCAUCCGCCAGGCCCGUGCCUUCCAUAAGGCUGAUGAAGCAAGAGCUUCAGGCCACAAAAAAAAUUAUAAUUUUUGAGGCCACAUUUUCAAAAUAUAAAUAUAGUUGAGUGGUUAAAAAUAUUGGUUUUGACUUCUUAGUUUAAGUAUUUUCUUUUCUGUAUUGUGAUUUUCUUAUACUUUUAAAUGUCUCUGUUUUUAUUUUAAUUAUGUUCACGUUGUAUUUAUCUUUUGUUUUAGACAACUGAUUUGUUAUUUCUUUUGUUUCUAUUAUCUUUGCUAUUUAUAACCAUUUGUUAUCAUUGGAGGUUUUCUAAUCUCCAUCAUUGCAUAUGAAAUUAUAGAAAGUAAAGAAAAAUGUAAUGUGAUUGAAGGUGUAUGUGAGAAAGAAACUAAUGUUAGAAUAUAAUGGUUCAAAAAUAUUUUUCUCUAAAACCUUUUAACAAAAAAAAAUGGUUCAAGAAACUACUAAAUGUGAUUUAAUAUUUGUUAAAAACACUAAACAAUAUAAGUACAAUAUCAAUUAAUAGUCUACUAUUCAUCUAAAUUUUUUAUACAGGACUAAACAAAAAUAUGUUUCUCUUAGAAAUAAAAUAUUGUUAUAUUAUAUAUAGUAUGUUGAUAAAAAUAUCAUUAAAUAGCAUAAGCCACUAUUUAUAAUUAUGCUUUAGGCCACAAAAUAUAUUGGGACGGCACUGGCACCCGCAAUAGUGUUAUUCAAAGGGGAGUCCUUAGAAAAAGUGUAUUUUGAUUUUUUAAGUAUUAUUUUUUUUUUCUUUUUUAGAUAAAGAAAAAAUAAAUAUCAACCAAUCGCGGAUCGCCACAUGUCGCCGGGACCCGCAAAUAGUGCAAGGAUUCACUAAGAAAGAGUCCUUUUUUAAGAGUUUUAAGGAUUGAAUCCUUAGCUUUUGGUGGAGUCCAUCGAUUAUUUAAUUAUUUUUUUCCUAAGGACUCUCCCUUAAAGAUUCUUAUUGCGGGUGCUCUUAAGAAGAUAGGCAAUUGAUAUUGUUAAAUCAAAAACACAGAUACAUUGGUUAAACUGAAAUAUUUAAUUUUGUUGUUAUAUCGACAAAAUAAGGCUGAGAAAAUUACAUCUGAAGACACAUUUUUACUUUUUUUUUUUUUGUCAUCUAUUAGAUUAAAAUUCGAUUUGCAUCAGUUCUUACACAAAGCCGGCAAAGGUAUGACACCUUUCCGGAGCCAAGAGCCGGCGUGGUACAAGAAACCACCCGGAGCCAAAGAAAAAACUAAACUCGACUACACAGUUUAAAGAAAACAGGGAAAUAAAGAAGCCUACCAAUAAACUGGAUAACAAGCAUAAAUUUCAA